CGACAGUUCCGUAGUAAGCAUUAUUAUCAUCGGUCUAGGACAAUAGGCAAUCAACCUCGCUUGUUGCUGGCUGGUACUGAUAAACGCGCUUCGGUGAGAUUCACUUUCAAACUCGUGUUUGCAUUUUUCUCAAAUGAAUAACAAGCCGUCAAGUUUUUCAAUAAAUAAAUUCACAACUGACGCUCAGUUGACCGAAUAUAGGUGUACGCCGUAGAUGUGUGCCAGGAAGUGGAGCAUUGGACUUCUAUCCCGGAUACCCCGUGCUCUCCGAUAGGCAGGUAGGCCAGGAAAGUAUUCGCGAGGUCAGACGCCUGUGACGUAAAUUUGUAAAGAUAACGCCAGAUCAAAAAUACUUUUAUUCUUCAAUAUGUAGCAAUACGAUAUAGGACUAUUUCUGUAUUUUCUGCGCUCAACUUGAGUUUUGUACGGGUGCCAAAAGUUAUCACGUGCCAAUUUUUGCCAGCUAAAUUGUUUAUUUACAUUCAUAUUCAGUCGACAAUCUAAUCAUGAUGCUAAGUGUAUACGGGGUCGUUUGUUAUGGCUAAGCGUAAGGUAUUCAUUGAAACUUUGCUAGGUACUCAUUUCUCGCCGCUCGAAAAUGCCUUGUUUGUGCAACACGAUCUGGAAAUGGGGGAGGAUUUCUCAGAAAUCUCCUACAGAGGCUUCCGAUUCCUUAUCACCAGAUGUCCCACUGAUCAUACCAUGGAGCCGUACAUCAAUGAACUGAAGAGGUAUGCCACGAAAGUGGUGAUCAGAGUCUGCGAUCCGACUUAUGAUGUCCAGCCGUUGAAGAAAGCAGGAAUAAAGGUAUUUGAUCUGAGCAUCCCUGAUGGAGCUUUCCCUCCAGAAAGAGUAUUGGAAGUGUUUUUCGAGAUUGUUAGGAAGCAGAAUGCAAGCAAUCCAGACAGCUGCGUAGCGGUACACUGUGUUUCAGGGUUAGGUAGGGCUCCUGUGUUGAUAUCUGCAGCACUGAUUGAACUAGGUAUUGCCUACGAAGAUGCAGUUGCAAUGAUAAGGCGAAAGAGAAGAGGCGCGAUAAACGCCAAACAACUAGAUUUUCUAUCAAAAUACAAGCCUAGGCAUAGGCUAAGAAGAAGGAGGCCAUGUGUGAUUCAGUAAAAUAUCUUGCAAGUAUCAGUAUUAUGAACGUACGGUAGGAAUUGUUAACAAAUUGUGUGUUCUAUUUAUUAUCCAAUGUGAAAAAAUAAUAGUUCCUGUAAAAAAAUUGUCUUAUAAUAAGCUGUCUAAUAACUGCUUAUUUGUUGACAAGUUCGUUUAUACUCAAUCAUUUUAAGCAACUACGGACCUAAGUACAUUCAAUAAUGCAUAUAUACAGAUUCCUCUCUCUACCUAGCCUAAUAAAAGAACAGAUGAUGGCUUUACUGACGUUUCGACUGACACAACAACCUGUUCCUAAUGUAUAUGUACAUAAAAAAUUGUGCUACAUUUAUUGGAAAGAUGGAUUAAACAUAAGUUUUAAAAGAUAUAUUGAUGUACAGUAUGUCUAUUAUAACAUUAAAAUCAAGCAUCACAAGAAGUAUAAAUGACUAAACUGACUGACUACUUAUCAGCUAAAGACAGACUCGAUCUUCAUGCCUCACUAGUAGCAACAUAAGAACCACGAAAGUCAGAAUGAUUACUAUGUGUAUAGUUUUAUAUGAGCAAUGUAUAAUGUUUGAUCCAAUACUAUAACUAUUUACUAAAGUAUGAUGUAACUUGUCAGUGAUAAAAAAGCGGAACUAGUGACAUUUUUGAUAAAGAAUGGAUAUAUCUUCAUGCAAGAAACAAAAAAACAGAACAGUAACUUAGCAGUUCAAUUUAUAAUUAUUUUACUCUAUCUUCUUGAAGCUGUUUCUAAAGUUGCCGUCCACUUUACACGCAGUUGAAAUGCACUUCUAGCACUGAUUUAUGAAAAUUUCCUUCGUACGUUUUUAUUUUAUUUAAUCACUUGUUUUAGUCACUCAGCACACCGAGAAUGGAGCAAGCAUAUCUAUUUUAAUAUUUAGAAUAAGGUUUGCUGAUAAGUGGAUCAAGGGUUGCAUUGUGCGCUCGCGACAGCCUUUGGUUCCCUUGUUUGUGAAAUAUACAUUUUAAAACAUGCUAUAAUUAUGUACAUAUAUAUGCAUGAUUCUUUUUUAUAAUAAACGAAAUAAUGUUCA